ACACAGAGGCAGAAAGAAAGAGAGGUUGACAUUGUAAGAGACAGGGUGAGAAAAAAAAGAAGAAACGGAGUGGAAACAGUCAACUUCUUAGAUCCCAGAAAUAAAAAGUGGCUGAAGAACGGUUUUCUGAAUUAAAAGGCAAGUUUUUAAAGUCAGAGUGAUUCAAAGGAGCAGGUCGAGAUGGCCAAUUUUGCUGGAACCUGGAAGAUGAAGAGCAGUGAACAUUUUGAAGAACUCCUCAAAGCACUGGGGGUGAACGCUAUGCUGAGGAAGGUGGCCUGCGCUGCAGCGUCUAAACCCCACGUGGAGAUCCGGCAGAACGGUGAACAGUUCUACAUCAAAACCUCCACCACCGUGAGGACCACAGAAAUUCACUUCCAGAUAGGACACGAGUUCAACGAGGAGACCGUAGACGGGCGCAAGUGCAAGAGCUUGGUCACAUGGGAGACAGAGAACAAGAUGAGCUGCAGGCAAACUCUUGUGGAUGGUAAAGGCCCUAAGACGUACUGGACACGAGAGCUGAGAGGGAACGAACUCAUUCUGACGUUUGGGGCUGAUGACGUGGUGUGCACGCGGAUUUAUGUACGGGAAUGAGCACGAGCACGGAGGUGAACUGGAUGGAGGGAUAUUCCAGCACUUGCAGCUUUGGAGGGAGGAAUAACAUUUUUCUCUUUAUUAUUAACUUGCCCUAUAGUGUGUUAGUCGAUACUUCCUUUUGUUCUGCCUUCAUCACCAUUUGUCUUUUCAAUUUAAUCAUUAGAUUCAUUUUUAUAAUGUUUUUAUUAAUUUUCUAUGUACAGUCAAAGCCUGGCUUGAGCUCUAAGAUGAUUAAGGUUGAGCUGGAACGGAGCAGUUAGUUCUAUUCAUGC